AUGGCUGUGGAGAAAGAUAAAGGAAAGGUGGUUCUUGGGUACCUAUCGUGGUUUCGUGAUCCAAUGACGUUUGGUGACACUCCCGAAGGAUCCAGUAGAAAAAGAAGAGAUCAACAUAUUAUAAGACAUUUGAAAAAAGAGUUGGAGAAGGCCAAAGCAACCAUUGCACGGCAAGAAGUACAGGUCCAAAGAGAAAAAAAUCACAAGUUAGAGUUGCAAGAUAUGGAAGGAGAAUUGAAGCACGCAGAGGGAAGAUUAGCCCGAUUGGAGGAAGAAUUGCAUAGUAGAAUCCACUUGGCACGACAGAUAAAAAAGGAGCAGAGUUUUCAGAUCUCUCGAUUGAAGAGGGACUUAAUAGCAUCCGAAGAGGUCGUGCACUAUCAAAAGGGAGAACUUAAGCGCCAUAAGGAAAAAUUCGAGAAAGAAAGAUCGUGUUGGAUGCAUCAGUUAGAAGAAUGUAAGAGAAAAAUCAGUCAUUAUGUUGAUAUCGAGGAUGGGCAAAGACAACUGAUCAUCGAGAGAGCAACACUUCGCCAUCAACUAGAAGCAGCAGAAGGGCGAGAGGCCCUCUUGAGGAAUAAUCUGGGUGAUCAUCAGGCUUUGUUAAAUGAUUGUCAUCAAAACAUGGAAAGGGCUAGACUUCAAGUUCAUCAACUGGCAGAGCAAACCUCCUAUGUUAUUAAAAAUCAGCGCUGUAUGAAUGAUCAAGAAGUGGCUGAGCAAGCACGGACCAUUGUUCCCCAUCUGCCGAAGGUGUUGCUGAAUUUGUAUGAGACCUUGGGAGGAAAAAGAAAGCCCCAAGAAAGUGAUUAA